ACGUGUAGUGUGGGCGUGAUUUUAAACACUUCCAUUGCAUUCUGGAGUCCACAACUUGGACGCGCUGAAUCUAUGACAUCAAGAGUCCCUCCGAACUGGAAGCCCCCAAAGAAUGGAGAUGGGACGAAAUGGGGGUUGGCACCGCUGACCUCACGGGACAACUAGCAGUUCAAUCCGAAGGCGAAAAAGGUGCAUCACGAUGGACCAUCUGAGGAUGUUUCGUGGCUUUGGUUCCUUGGAACACUUUUAUAUGCCCUGAAUCGCAGGCUCAGGGUGGGUAGCAGGGCAAAUGAUGCCUCUCGGAACUCAAAACACCCACCAUCCUAACCGAGCCAGCGAUUGGAUUGGCCGCUGAGCUGCCAUGUUGCAGUCAUCAAGUGUCGAGGAAAUUUCACCUUGGAAUUAAGCUUAAUAUCUGCGAUUGAGUUCGUCGAAUCCUGGGAAAGUUGUUGAUCAGCCCACGAGACCAAGCAGCCAGCUAUUCCCGGCCCAGAUCAAUAGACAUGAUUUUCGGGAGAGUCAGACUACUCGAUAGCCGUGAAGAGCUCAUUUUUGCUUUUGCUCUCCCGUCCUUUCGAAAACGUCGAUCAACCACCGGGGACUAUUUUUGGACUCUCCUCCGCGCUCGAGGAUUCUGGCGGCUACUUCGGGGAUUGAGAGAACGGGCCUAUUCCCGAGGAGAUCUGGAUCUGAAUAGUGGAGUACGGAGUAGAUACGGGAGUAUUCCAUUCCCAGCUUUCAUCACAAACCCGCAGCGCGGAGGAGGCACUCGGUUGUCGUAUGCUUCUUCCAUAAGUAUUCACUACGUAGUUUGGCAUGGCCCGAAUUGAGUUCUGCAUGUUCCGUUAUGACGUCCCACAAUCAAAUUGACUUCCAAGCUCGCGAGAGACAUCUGGGCAAGGGUAUGACGACGGAGUAAAUUUUGCGGAGCGCCAGUGACAAUCAGGUACCAUCUCACCUUUGCGGGCGGAAUAGGCUGUUCCUGAAUUGCAAUACCCCAUGUGGGACUGAA